GUAGUUUGAGUUUCUAAUCAUCGUCUGCUAGUAGAGUGAUUUCAGAAGAAAAACAAUAAGGAAAUUUAUUUUGUUGGUUUGACUUAAACGUCAAACAAUAUAAUAAAUCCUUAUGGGUAAUAAUAAUGGAGAUCAAGUUAUAUUAGCCACUGGAGGUUAUGAUCACUCAAUUAAAUUCUGGCAAGCCCACUCGGGAGUGUGUACCCGGACGGUAACUCAUCCCGAAUCGCAAGUGAAUGCUCUCGAUAUCACCCCCGACAGCCAGCUAUUGGCAGCUGCAGGAUAUCAACAUAUUCGCAUGUAUGAAAUCAACUCUUCUAACCCCAAUCCCAUAGUCAAUUAUGAAGGUAUUUCACGAAAUGUGACUGCUGUUGGAUUUCACGAAGAUGGACACUGGAUGUACACUGGAGGAGAAGACUGUUCUGCAAGAGUUUGGGAUCUUAGGACAAGAAAUUUGCAAUGUUCCAGAAUAUUUCAAGUCACUGCCCCUGUAAAUUGUGUUUGUUUGCAUCCUAAUCAAGGUGAACUAUUGGUGGGAGACCAAAGUGGUGUCAUCCACAUCUGGGACCUGAGAACCGAUCACAAUGAACAACUGAUUCCAGAACAAGAUGCCUCCAUUCAAGACAUUUCCAUUGAUUCUUCUGCAAACUUCAUGGCAGCUAUUAAUAACAAGGGGAACUGCUAUGUUUGGAGCCUCAUCCCUGGGACUAAACUGCCGGACGGCGAAGAAGGCUCGACACCAACACAGUUGCGACCGAAAAGCCGUUUGUUAGCUCACAAACGUUACGGUCUCAAAUGCAAAUUCAGCCCUGACGCAAAGUACUUGGCCACGACGUCAGCCGAUCAAACGGCCAAGUUAUGGAAGACUUCCGAUUUUUCCCUUCAUUCCACACUGCAAACUGAAAACCAGCGCUGGGUGUGGGACAUUGCCUUCUCUGCCGAUUCACAAUACGCAAUAACAGCUUCGUCCGACAACACAGCAAGGCUGUGGAGUAUAGAAACGAGCGAGAUAGCUAAAGAAUACAUUGGUCAUUCAAAAGCUCUUACCUCAUUGGCAUUUCAAGACGGGACACCGUAAAUUGAACAUUUUACCAUAAUUUUCCUUUUUUUUUUUUUAAAUUUUUUUUUUCUUUCAUUUUUCUCAAAUGUAUAAAAUGUUUUUCAUUGGCUUUGAUACACUUAGGAACGCCUGAA